AACAUCAAACAGAAUCGGGCCGGGUUUGCAGAAUAUGUCGGCGUCGGAUUCAGCUUUGCCGGAGGAGUUAUGGAGGCGAAUCCUUGAAAUCGGAAUUGAAUCGUCCAACUUCAACUACAAAGAUCUUUGCUGCCUCUCCAUAACUUGCACCCUCCUCAAUCGACUCUCCUCCGAUGAUUCUCUCUGGUCCUCUUUGUUCUCCGCCGAUUUUCCCCAAUAUCAACCUCCUUCAUCUUCAUGUUCUGUUUCCAGCAAAUGGCUCUACAAAAUUAGAUACGAGAAAGUUCGAGAACAGAAGCUUUUGGCCCAUAGAAGGGCUGUUUUAAGAAUUCAGAGUGAAAUUAAUGAGCAUUCUAGGAGGAUUGGAAAGAUGGAACUUCGAUCUGCAGAGGAGAAAGGGAAAAUGAAGAAUACUGUUGCUGAGUUGUUAAAUUUGCAUAAGAUCAGGCAAGCCAAAGUUGCACUAAAUGUUUGGCAGCCAGAGAUUGUCCGGGGUAAGCAGAAGCAGAUGGUUGAGCAGUGCAAUGUACCUAUUGAUAGUCGUAUCCAUGCCAUUGAGAUGGAGCUCAAGCUAUGCAAACAACAAAUUCAAGGGUUAGAGAAGGCCCUAAGUGUUGAAAAAAAGAGAAUGCAGACAGCAAAGGAGAAACUGGCUUCAGUAGAAUAUCACCCCUUGCGGGAAUUUAACUCAACAGUCAGCCCAAUUGAUGAACAUGACAUGAGAAGGAAAAGAUUUAAGAACUUCAUCAAGUGUAAAGUUCUAAGCCUUACUGCUCUUUCUAUCUAUGCAAUUUGAAUUGUUAUUUUCAGGAAAAGCAAAUGCCUGUUUACUUGAGUUGGGAUGGAAAGAAUGCAAUGUAAUGUCGUAGGAGUGGCUUUUCCAGAUUAUCAACUUUGCUUUUCAAUGAUACAUAAUCUAAGUGGAUAUCAAGUACACCUCCGUUCCAAAUUUGUUUGACACUCUCCUAUUAGUUUGUUCCAAAAAGAACGACACAUUCUAUAGUUGAAAAUUAUUGACUUC